AUGCAUUUCAUCGACGGGCCGCCCGGCUCCGGGGACGUGGACGAUAAAUACCAUCUCUACGGCUCGAAGGACGAGGAGGCCAUCCCGUCAUCCGUAGUCCUUCAGACUUAUGAUCCUGCGGCUCUGCCCCAAUUGGUCCUCCUCGAGUUUUGGUGGCUCUCUGGGCCUGGCCCGUACCUUAUGGAUAAAGGCAGGUCUUUUUCCACCAUUAAGGUCUACCUGGCAGCUAUUUCUGCUUGUCAUGUGGGCUUUGAGGGCUCAACGGUCGGGCAGCAUCGUCUAAUCCGCAGAUUUAUGAAGGGUGCCCAUCGUUCUUUGCCCGUUAUCAGGAGAACUGUUCCUGAAUGGGACCUCUCCAUGGUGCUGGAGGCUCUGUCUCAAUCCCCUUUUGAGCCCCUGGGAAGUAUUUCCCUGAAGCUGCUGUCCUUCAAGACAGCUUUGCUCUUGGCCUUGGCUUCAGCUAAACGUGUCAUGCUUCCCUGCGGCCCAUCCAUGGCCCAAAGUGCUGCUGUAUGCUUUUCCUCCCCUGUGCCUGAUAACUCCAACACUGGCCAGGACCUUAUGGAUAAAGGCAGGUCUUUUUCCACCAUUAAGGUCUACCUGGCAGCUAUUUCUGCUUGUCAUGUGGGCUUUGAGGGCUCAACGGUCGGGCAGCAUCCUAGUAUUUCCCUGUCCUUCAAGACAGCUUUGCUCUUGGCCUUGGCUUCAGCUAAACGUGUCAGUGAGCUUCGUGAGCUUCAGGAUGUGGACGCACCCCUCGGGGUCAAACGCACUGGCCCAUCCAUGGCCCAAAGUGCUGCUGUAUGCUUUUCCUCCCCUGUGCCUGAUAACUCCAACACUGGCCAGGGUGAGAGAGAAGGGCUUGUCUCUCAUCCUGAUAGCACCCAGGUGGCCCAAAGCACUGUGGCUGGCAGAGAUAAUUCCUCUGUUAUAUGCCCAGCCAUGGUGCCUCCCCCUCUGCACAGAUCUAUUAUCUCAAGCGAACGGGGAGAUUUAUCACCCACACCCGGACAGGGUGGCUCUCUGGGCCUGGCCCGUGAGAGGACAAACUUAAACGUGCUAGGACUUCCCCCGUGUGUGGUUGCUACUAUACAGAAUGCCAGGGCCGUGUCUACUCGGUCCUUAUAUGGCUGUAAGUGGCAGGUGUUUGAAGGGUGGUGUGAUGGGCGUCGUCUCACAUCAUAUCAGUGCUCAGUUCCUGAUAUUUUGUGUUUUUUACAAGACCUUAUGGAUAAAGGCAGGUCUUUUUCCACCAUUAAGGUCUACCUGGCGGCUAUUUCUGCUUGUCAUGUGGGCUUUGAGGGCUCAACGGUCGGGCAGCAUCCUCUAAUCCGCAGAUUUAUGAAGGGUGCCCGUUGUUCUUUGCCGGUUAUCAGGAGAACUGUUCCUAAAUGGGACCUCUCCAUGGUGCUGGAGGCUCUGUCUCAAUCCCCUUUUGAGCCCCUGGGAAGUAUUUCCCUGAAGCUGCUGUCCUUCAAGACAGCUUUGCUCUUGGCCUUGGCUUCAGCUAAACGUGUCAGUGAGCUUCAUGCACUCUCGGUUCAUUCCUCGUGCACUAAAUUCUCUCUUAGUGGAGAUAAGGUUUUUCUUAAGCCGAACCCGGCUUUUUUGCCUAAGUGCUUCCCUGCAUUUACAUCGGAGGUGUUGGAGCUGUCCGCUUUUCACCCUCCACCUUUUUCUUCCACUGAGGAUCAGAGGCUGAAUGCUCUGUGUCCAGUUAGUGCAUUACAGACGUAUAUGACUAGGACCAGUGCUUUCCGGAAGAGCGACCAGCUCUUUAUUUCAUGGGCGCCCCCGCACAGGGGGAGUCCCAUAUCUAAGCAACGCCUUUCACAUUGGCUUGUGGAAGCUAUUGCUUUGGCAUAUGAAUCGAUGGGUGUGCAGCCCCCAGGGAACAUCAGAGCUCAUUCCACGAGGGGCUUAGCCGCCUCUUGGGCCUUGUUCAGGGGAGUGUCACUGCAGGACAUCUGCUCUGCUGCCAGCUGGGCCUCUCCCCAUAUGUUUGUGCGUUACUACCGACUGGAUGUCACCAAAACUUCGGUAGCACAUUCUGUUUUAGGGGUGGGGUCUUCAUAGCUCCUUGUUACCUUCCUCUCUUCCUCCCAUUUACACAUUGUAGUAAAGGAACAAAGGGUGAGUGGGCCGUCGGGCUACGCACAUUCGUGUCACCAAGCAUGCAUUUAUUUUC